AUGCGAUACGAGCUCGACGGAGUUGAAAUCGAUCGUAACAGAAACGUUGGAAUAACGAGCACGAUCAAAAACUAUGUAUCGCUGACGACGGAGAAGAGUAAGACGCUGAAAUACGCAUCGUGGAAUCCGGAUGGAAAUCCGUUGCUCGAUGGAAACUUUAAUUUUUGCGUUUCGCUCAAUACUCUUUUAGGAUUCUGCGAGGACUACAAACGGAUUGUAAUCAACGCUCGUCACGAACUUGUAUUGAUACGAUCGCGCAACGAUAACAAUUGUCUCGUUGGACGAGUCGGUGCGAAUCCAACGAUCGAACUACUCAAGAUACAGUGGCGAAUGCCGCACGUAUCUCUGAGCGAAGUCAACAAGCUGUCUCUUCUUCGAACUUUGGAAAGCGGAAGAUAUCUGAGCGUGUGCUUCCGUUCGUGGGAUCUGUACGAAUUUCCUCUGCUGCAGAAUACAACGAAGCAUUCCUGGGCGGUCAAAGCCGCGACGCAAUUGGAAAAACCGCGAUACGUAAUCUUUGCUCUCCAAACCGGUCGAAAAAACGUACUGUCUGAAAACGCUACGCAAUUUGACGCUUGUAAACUCACCAAAGUGAGACUGCAUCUGAAUUCAGAUUUUUAUCCGUACGACGACAUGAACUUGGAUUUCGACAGAAAUCGAUACGCUAUACUGUACAACAUGUAUGCGCGUUUCCGCAAAGCUUAUUACGGAUUCGAUAAUACGUAUUUGGACAUCGAUGAAUUCUCGAAAGCCGGUCCGUUCGUAGUCAUAGAUUGUUCGCGACAAAACGACUCUGUCAAGAGCGCCACCGUUGACGUGCGAAUAGAAUUUGAUU